AUUGUCCUCGUUCUGGGGCCUCUGACCAAUCACAGCGUCACAAAGUUCUGCUACGGAAGAGGGAUGCAGAGGAGAUGGCUGAACUUAGAUAGCCCUGUGUUUGUGAAUAUCCUGACCAUGGAGCUCUUCCAGAGGAGAGCUGGGAGCACAGGACGGCUGCUCGCCCUGGUCCUGGUUUUCGGGUCUUGUUUGGGGUCUGUGAGGUGUUUCGGACAGAACCUGGACAGCGAGUUCACGUUUCUGCUGGCAGCAGGAAGAGCUGAGUGUUUCUUUCAAACGGCAUUAAAGAAUGGCACCAUGGAGGUCGAAUAUCAGGUGAUAGCGGGCGCAGGUAUGGAUGUAGACUUCACCGUUUUCACUCCCCAAGGCAUCGGGAUCGUCAUGGAGUCACGGCGCUCUGAUGGAGUCCACGUGGUGGAGCCCACAGAGGCGGGGGACUAUCAGAUCUGUUUUGACAACAGCUUUAGUCGCUUCUCAGAGAAAACAGUGUUCUUUGAGAUCAUCAUCGAGGGCCAAGGAGGAGAUGUGGGUGGAGACGAUGAGUGGACAGGACUGGAUGAACCUGAUGGAAGCCUUCUGGAGUACAAGCUGGAGGACAUCAGGGAGUCCAUGGACUCUCUGCACAGACGCUUGGAGCGCAGCCGGCAGAUGCAGACGGUGCUGCGGGCGUUUGAAGCACGGGACCGAAACCUUCUUGAAGACAACCUGUGGAGGGUCUCAUUCUGGUCCUGUGCCAGUGUGCUGGUGAUGCUGUGUGUGGCCCUCACACAGGUCUACACUGUCCGUAAACUGUUUGAUGAUAAGCGGAGAGUCUGCACAUAAAGACACGUGAGACAACCAGGAAGGAGCACACUCCAUCUCUAAAUGUUUGGAAGGUUACCCGCUCUGAGAAAGUUCCAUUAGCUCUCAUUUUGUCUACACUCCCACCUGCUGUUUGUGAGCAAUAAUGAACUAUUACCACAACAGGAAUGGUGACCAGACGAGUUAAAGGAAGUGAGGGUUGUUUAUGUCAUUUCAUUUGGGGCCCUUUAUGUCGAAUGUCACCGCAGACCAAUGAGCAAACUCCUUCUAAGGAAAAGCGUACAUGUUGUCGUCUCCCUGCCAUCCUACAGCUCUGAAGCUGAUGAGAGGCUUUUGAACUUUUUUUUAAAGGGGAACUGUUUCUUGUUUAAGGUUUCGGGUUUUACAAACCUAAAAAGGUAAUCCGCAGAAAAACACACCUUCCAGUUUACAGGGCACAGCAGCGUGCUGUUCCUCCUCACAGUUUAGGAUUGGUCCUUUAGGUUUGUGUUUUACUUUGCUCACAAGUUAUUCAUAGUUGGUGUUUUUGAAGUUACUGAUUUAUUUUUAUGUGCCAUUUGAUUCUACGCUGACAUACAAGAAUGUAGGAUAAGAAAAGUGGGAGGAUUAUGAUUAAUAAUGAACUAAUGAUCGGAGCUUCUUCUGUGUAGGACAUACGGGUCAGUCAUUCAGAUAUGUGUCAGGAUCAUCGGUGUGAACACACACUGAUCAAAUGUGUUUAAAGCUUCUAGAUGAUCAUCUUUUAGAUGCACAGAAGAACGUGAUAUUUGCUCUAGCUCAGACAGCCACUGAGUGAUUUGUUUGUUUUCAUUUUUUUUAUAGUAUAAAUAAAAAGCAGGUUUUCAUGGGUGUCAUUAAUGUUAAUAAAUGCGGUUUUUACACACAAAAAAC